CCCUAACCCUAACUGGGCGAAACUCAGAGAGCAAGAGAAACUCGUGAUCAACGGCGAAAAACCGAACCACCCAACCUUCGAUCGCUGAUUUGGGUUUUCCAGUUCAACUGCUCAACUGCUCGACCCAGUGACCCGGCCUUCUGAGUUCUGACCAAAGCAACUUCCAGUGCCGGUGAUACAGCCAUAUAUUUCUGGUAUAUCUCUAAGCCCUACACCUUUACCAUCACUCUCUGCUCUCUACCAGACUAGCAGUUUCUACUCCAUUCCCAAGAUGGACACCGAACAUUUUAGAGAUCCUAUCGACAAGCUCAAGGCUAUUCAAAUUGUUGAUGACCAAGAUGAAGAUGAAGACAACGAUUUUGAUGAUUAUGAUGACGAUGAUGAAGAAUCUGAACCUGUCACUCUUGGUUUUGUUGACAAGCCCAAGAAUCAAUGGUAUCUUUGCCGUCAAUAUUUCCCAAGCAAAGCUGGUGGAGUCCCGGCUUGGCUUGACCCUCUGAAUUUACCAUCAGGGAGGUCCUCUGUGUGUGACAUUUGUGGAGACCCUUUACAAUUCCUGCUUCAGGUUUAUGCACCAACUGAGAAGGAAAGUACUUUUCACCGGAUGCUGUUUGUUUUUAUGUGUCCUUCCAUGACAUGUCUUCUCAGGGAUCAGCACGAGCAAUGGAAACGCUAUCCGGAGAAGCCGUCUAGAAGUGUGAAGGUUUUCCGUUGUCAAUUAGCUCGUGUUAAUCCUUUUUACUCAAGUGAAUGCCCUGAGUAUGAUGGGGGGCACAAACCUACUGGCAAUGGAGCUGCUCUUUGCGAUUGGUGUGGUACCUGGAAAGGAGAUAAGUUGUGUAGUAGUUGCAAACAAGUACGGUAUUGCUCCGAGAAACAUCAGGCUGUGAGUUGGCGCUCAGGGCAUAAAAUUGCUUGCCAGCAGUUGAAAGUUCCGUCAUCUUUUUGUGGACAGAACAAAAGUGGAACCACUUCUUUGGAGUCUCAUAAAGGUCACAGAGUUGGAAGCAACAAUGUGUGGCCUGAAUUUGAGAUCAUCAUUGAAGAUGAAAGUGAAUAUAACAAAGACAAAACUGAUGACAAUACCUUAGCCAAUUCCUUGAUCUCGAGGAACGCGAUUGAUGACACAAUGAAUUCACUUUUGGAUAAUUUUCAGGGUGAUGAUGACAAAAGGAGUUGGGCCUACUUCCAGGAACGCAUUGCCAAAGUCCCUGAACAAGUAUUGAGGUAUUAUAGGAAUACUAAUGCUAAGGCAAUAUGGCCCGUUUCAAGUGGUCGGCCAUCCAAAGCUGAUAUCCCGAAAUGCAUUUACUGUGGUGGACCUAUGUGUUGUGAAUUUCAGAUUUUGCCACAGCUGCUGUAUUACUUCGGGGUUGAUAAUGAAGCGGACUCUUUGGAUUGGGCGUCAAUUGUCGUGUAUACAUGUGAGGCCUCUUGCGAGGCAAGUUUGGCUUACAAAGAGGAACAUGUUUGGGUCCAAAUAUAUUCAGCUUCCACUAUCUUACGGUGAAAUUUUGCUUUUUAAUUUUUGUGCUCAAUGUAAGAGCCUUGGUGGAAGUAUGAGGUGGUAAUAUCUUUAUUUGCUUCAGCCAUCUAUAUUUAGGAUCAUGACAGUUGAUUGUAUAAUUUAAUAGGCUAUUAUUUCUUUUAUACAUAUUUGUUUUUGGUAUUCUGUAUACAUUUAAUCAUUUAUAAAGCAAUGCCUUCUGAGCGUAAAUAACUAACAAAAUAA